GGAGGAGCCUACUGAUAAGUGGGUCUGGUGGUCACAGGUGAUACAUGUUAUGUUGUGAUUGUGAUCUGAUGUUGUCAGCAGCAAUGCUAAAGGAAAAAAGCAGAGUUUGUGUGAAUAUUACAGUCCCUGGCCGGUUUCUGCAGCCAUAAUGGAUCACAUGGAUUACAAACCAAAUGUACUCUGGCUAUAUAUAGAAAAGGAGGAAGAAAACCCAGACAGACCACAUGAAGCCACAUCCUCCUCUGACUUCAUUUCCAUCAUACCAUUUACUGAAGUCCCUAUGAAGACGCAGGCAGUUCAGGAUAGACUGCACAUCAUGGACUUCUCUCAGCCUUUUUCAGUUCUCAACGAGAGACUGAAGCCCCGCGUCACUGCCAGUGAACAGCUUUACUCUUCCCUGUGCAGACUGGAGGACAGACAGAUGUACACGUACAGGAGCAGGUCGCUUUAUCAACUGGCACUGCAGACAGAACAAAAACAGACAGUCUCGGUGAUAACACCAUCAGAAGAUUCACAGGUGUCUGAAGACAACAAAAGCCAAGAUGACGGUCAAGAGGAGGGGAGGUAUGCAGAAGAGGAGCAGGUGGAGGAGGACAGGAUCUCUACGCAGUCUGAGGAGAAAGAAAACCCAGGUGAACUAACCACAGCGGGGGGGCAGGACUCCUCGGGGUCAGGAUCCUCAGCAAGUGAAGGUGGAAGCCCCGCACAGAUGAAAUACGUGGACGGCAAUUUACCAGAUCUGCUGAGUAGUGGCAGGCCGCUCAGCAGACGCAGGACACUUGGACAUGUCUCAGCCACGCUCAACGAAGUGCGCAGGGAAGUGGAGCUCUCUCGAAAACGGAGCAUCAAACUCAAGGCCCAGGUGGACAAACUCCAGGAGAGCAAAGGUGGACAAGGCUGGAGUCAACACAGAGAGAGGGUCACAGAGGAAGUCCUGUCCAUCCUGAGGUUGCUGUCCCCACUCACAGACAAGUCCAACUCGUCCCAGUCUUUUCGGGCAGAUGACUGCCUGGACAUUACCCUGGCUCAGCUGCAGAGUGUGGCCCGUCAGCUGGCGAUCAGCCACACUGAACAAGUACAGGCCCCAACAACUAGAAAAGGAGAAGCGGACAGUGCCAUUUUGCAGCAGGCACUGAGGGACAGAGAUGACGCCAUAGAAAAGAAAAAGGCGAUGGAGGCAGAGCUGCUGAGAAGCAAGACAGAGAUGAUGUCACUAAACAACCAGCUGCUGGAGGCCGUACAGAAGCGACUGGAGCUGUCGCUGGAGCUGGAGGCCUGGAAGGAGGACGUCCAGACGAUCGUCCAACAGAAUCUGCAGAGUCAGCAGCAGGGGGAGCAGCCUCAGAAGAAAACCUUCAGAAGCCUGGGCAUCCUGAGGCGGUACAACCGACCACCCAUCCAGCGACCCACCAAACCCACAAUCAACUCUUCAUCACCCACCUCUCCCACAGUCAACCCAAGCCAGAUCUUCGUCCCCAGGGCUGCAGCAGCAGCAGCUUCUGCCUCUCCGCCACCCACCACACCACCCUCCAGCAGUGGCCAGCGCACCUGGAGGGACAGGCUGAGGAGGGGCAAGACCAGCCGCCCUGGGGAGGAGUCAGCAGGGCAGGGCUCAGAGCAGGACCUGGAGGGGUUCCACAACGUAUCACUCGACUGAGACAGUGAUAACGUUUGCACUCAACUGUACUGAGUAGAACUUUUGUAGUGACUUUUCUUUUUGCCUGUCGAGUCUCAUUUAAUAAAGGUUCACUCUGCAGUUUGACUUAAGAAAAACCACCACGCAAACAACUUGUUCAUGUGUAAGUAGGAACAUUUGUAAAUACAAAUUUUAAGAUGUUUCACGUGGGAAAGCCUUGGGGUUUUUACUUGAAUUAUUUUGAACAAAGUACUUGUACGAACAAGGAAGGACUCUUGCCACGUCCUUAUACAUGGAAUUGUGUUUUGCACCUUUGACUUGUAAAUAAUUAUGCAUAAAAAACUGUUUAAUAAUGA